AUGGUGGAGCGGGGCGACGCGGCGCCGCUGCUGCGCUGGGCCGAGGGCCCCGCCGUCUCCCCGCCGCAGGCCCCGGAGCUGCAGGCUGGGGGCCGGGGCCGGGGCGGGGGCGGCCGGGGGCCCGCGGAGGCGCCGAGGCGGCGGGAGCCCCAGGAGCUGGGCGCCCCCGAGGUGCUGCUGCAGCCCGGGCGCCUGGAGCUGGGCGACGUGGAGGAGGACCAAGUGGUGGCCGUGUUCGUGGUCACCUUCGACCCCCGCUCGGGAAACAUGGUGGAAUGGUGUUUACCACAAGAUAUUGACCUUGAAGGCGUUGAGUUCAAGUCUAUGGCCAGUGGGUCCCAUAAAAUCCAGUCUGAUUUCAUCUAUUUCCGGAAGGGGCCCUUCUUCGGCCUGGCCUGCUUCGCCAACAUGCCCGUGGAGAGCGAGCUGGAGCGUGGAGCACGCAUGAAGUCCGUGGGCAUCCUGUCUCCAUCCUACACCCUGCUUUACCGGUACAUGCACUUCUUGGAGAACCAGGUUCGACACCAGUUGGAGACACCAGGACACUAUUCCCAUCUGGCUGCCUUCUACGAGGACAAGAAAGGGGUGCUCCAUGCUGGUCCCGGGAGGGGCGGCAGCCUGCCCCCUGUCUAUUGGCUGCCUUCCAUCCACCGGUACAUGUACCCAGAGAUGAAGAUUACACACCCAGCUGGCUGCAUGUCUCAGUUUAUUAAGUUCUUUGGAGAACAGAUCCUCAUUCUUUGGAAAUUUGCCUUACUGAGAAAGCGCAUUCUGAUAUUUUCUCCCCCUCCUGUGGGUGUCGUAUGCUAUCGAGUAUACUGCUGCUGCUGCCUGGCCAACGUCUCCCUGCCUGGCCUCGGGGGCACCAUCCCUGAGUCCAAGCCUUUCUUCUACGUGAAUGUGGCCGACAUCGAGAGCCUGGAGGUAGAGGUGUCCUAUGUGGCCUGCACCACAGAGAAGAUUUUCGAGGAGAAGCGGGAGUUGUACGAUGUCUAUGUGGACAACCAGAAUGUGAAGACGCACCACGACCACCUGCAGCCCCUGCUGAAGAUCAACAGCGCCGACCGGGAGAAGUACCGGCGGCUCAACGAGCAGAGGCAGACGCUGCUGUACUCCCAGGAGGUGGAGGGGGACUACGGCCCGUGUGAAGAGGACCUCUUUGUGCUGUUUUUCCUCGAGCAAAACAACCGGAUAUUCCAGACGCUGCUGGAGGUGUCUGCCAGUCAAGACAAAACUCUGACAGCCGAGCAUGCCCGGGGCAUGGGCCUGGACCCGCAGGGCGACCGCAGCUUCCUCAUGGACCUGCUGGAGGCCUACGGCAUCGACGUCAUGCUGGUCAUCGACAACCCCUGCUGCCCGUAG